CCGAAGUCAAUAUGUCUGUCUAGAUGAAAUAUAUUUGAAAAUAUCCGUUUUUGGUUGAAACCUAAGAAUUUUGUGGGGGAAACUCUUAACCUUAGUCAUUUUGUAUAGUUUGCAAAUUUUUGUUGUUGUUGUUGUUAAUUAAAUGAGUACAAAUCAACAUCGUAUCACUUGCACUGUUAUUUACAUGAAUGAAAACUAUGCUGUUCGAAAAUCUAGCAUUUAGUAGAUGUAUUGACUAGCUCGCCGUUGUUUACCUGGAGUCGUGGAGGAGCUCCUCGGCGGACUUGUGUUUAACAAAAAAGUAAUUUUUCCUUUGACUACUUUUUGUAACAAAAAAAAAAAUGGCAGAACACGAGAGUCUGGAGUUUGGAAAGGCUGAUUUUGUUCUACUGGACAACGUUUCUUUGGAGGAAUUCAUGGCUAACCUAAAGCUCAGGUUUGAGAAGGGCCGUAUCUACACUUACAUCGGAGAGGUGGUGGUGUCGGUUAACCCCUACCGUGCCAUGAACAUCUACGGGCGAGACACCAUCGAGCAAUACAAGGGCCGGGAGCUGUAUGAGCGGCCGCCACAUCUCUUCGCCAUCGCUGACGCAGCCUACAAAGCCAUGAAGCGGAGGAACAAGGACACCUGCAUCGUCAUCUCAGGGGAGAGUGGAGCCGGAAAGACAGAAGCCAGCAAAUACAUCAUGCAAUACAUUGCUGCUAUCACAAACCCCGGCCAAAGAGCUGAGGUUGAAAGGGUGAAGAACAUGCUGCUGAAAUCCAACUGUGUCCUGGAGGCUUUUGGCAACGCCAAGACCAACCGCAAUGACAACUCCAGCCGCUUCGGCAAGUACAUGGACAUCAACUUUGACUUCAAGGGAGAUCCCAUCGGCGGCCACAUCAACAACUACUUGCUGGAGAAGUCCAGAGUUAUCUUCCAGCAAGAGGGGGAGAGAAGCUUCCACUCAUUCUACCAGCUGGUUAAAGGAGGUCCCGAUUCCCUCUUGCGGUCCCUGCAUGUCUCUAAGGACCCCACAGCUUACAAUUACAUCAGGGUGGGAGGCCAGGUCAAGUCAUCCAUCAAUGACACUGCUGAUUUCAAAGCAGUGGCAGACGCCAUGAAGGUGAUUGGCUUCACAGCAGAGGAGAUCCAGACAGUGUACAAGAUCCUGGCCUCUAUCCUGCACCUGGGGAACCUGAGAUUUGGCGUGGAUGGUGACACCACGUUGAUUGAGAACCCCAAGGUGGUGGAGCUGAUCGGGGGUUUGCUGGCCACCAAGGAGGAGAGCGUGGAGAAGGCCCUGCUCUACCGCACUGUGGCCACUGGCCGGGACGUCAUCGACAAGCAGCACACGGCCCAGGAGGCCGGCUACGGCCGGGAUGCCUUGGCUAAGGCUAUGUAUGAAAGGAUGUUCUGCUGGAUCGUGGGAAGGAUCAAUGAUGUCAUUGAAGUGAAAAACUAUGACGCCAAAGUCCAUGGAAAGAACACUGUCAUUGGCGUGCUGGACAUCUACGGCUUUGAGAUCUUUCAGAACAACAGCUUUGAACAGUUCUGUAUCAACUACUGUAAUGAGAAGUUGCAGCAGCUCUUCAUCCAGCUGGUGCUGACACAGGAGCAGGAAGAGUACCAGCGCGAGGGGAUCCCCUGGAAACACAUUGACUACUUCAACAACCAGGUCAUUGUGGACCUGGUGGAGCUGCAACACAAGGGCAUCUUUUCUGUGCUGGACGAGGCCUGUAUGAACGUGGGCAAAGUCACUGACGAGGUCUUCCUCCAGGGACUCAACAGCAAGCUGGCCAAGCACGCCCACUACACCAGCCGCAAGCUCUCCCCAACGGACAAGAGUUUGGAGUUCGACAGGGACUUUCGUGUCCGGCACUACGCUGGGGAUGUGGUAUACUCUGUGGUCGGCUUCAUCGACAAGAACAAGGACACCCUCUUCCAGGACUUCAAACGGCUGCUGUACAACAGCUCCAACCCAGUGCUGAAGGUCAUGUGGCCCGAGGGCAAGCUGAGCAUCACUGAGGUCACCAAACGACCCCUAACGGCCGCCACCCUCUUUAAGAACUCCAUGAUCGCAUUGGUGGAGAACCUGGCUUGCAAGGAGCCAUACUACGUACGCUGCAUCAAGCCCAACGAGGUCAAGUCACCCCUGCUGUUUGAGCAGGAGCGUUGCCGUCACCAGGUUGAGUACCUGGGCCUGUUGGAGAACGUGCGCGUUCGCCGGGCUGGGUUCGCCAACCGCCAGGAGUACCCCCGCUUCCUCCAGAGGUACAAGAUGAUCUCGGAGUUCACGUGGCCCAAUCACGACCUCCGCUCGGACAGAGAGGCGGUGAAGAUGCUGCUGCAGAGCUGCGGCCUGGAGCAUGACGUGGCCUACGGCAAGACCAAGGUGUUCAUCCGCACCCCGCGCACCCUCUUCAGCCUGGAGGAGCAGAGGGCUGAGAUGGUUGGGAGAAUCGUCCUCUUCCUCCAGAAGGUGUGGCGCGGUACCAUAGCCAGGAUGCGUUACCGGCGCAUGCGGGCCGCCCUGGUCAUCCUGCGGGCCUACCGGCGCUUCAAGGUCAAGUCCUACGUCCGAGAUGUCAACCGCCGAUUCAAGAGCGUGCGCUCCAUGAAGGACCGCGGCCGGAGCAUCAAGUGGCCCACGCCGCCCAAAGUCCUGCGGAGGUUUGAGGAGGCCCUGCGGAGCAUCUACAGCAGGUGGUGGGCGUGGACCCUGAUCAAAGACCUGACGCCAGAGGAGAAGCUUCAGAUCAAAGCCAAGGUGGCCACCCUGGAGGCCCUGAAGGGCCAGAGGCCUGACCUAGGGCUGCAGAGGUCCUGGGAGGGCAACUAUCUGAAGCGAGACAGUCCUGACAAAGCGUCCUCCUUCACCUUGGUGUCCAGUGAAUUACAGCGUAAAGACAAGUUCAUGAGGGUUCUCUUCUCCUGCAAUGUGCGCAAGAUCAACCGGUUCCACAAGGCUGAGGACCGAGCCAUCUUCAUCACAGACCGUCACCUGUACAAGAUGGACCCCGUAAAGCAGUACAAGCCCAUGAAGAACAUUCCCCUUUAUAAUGUGACGGGGGUGAGCGUGUCCCCUGGUAAGGACCAGCUGGUGGUGUUCCACACUAAGGACAGCCGGGACCUGGUUGUGUGUCUCCAGGGAAUGACGCCUCCAGGGGACAGCCGCAUUGGGGAGCUGGUGGGCACCCUGCUCAGCCACUUCAAAAGUGAGAAGAGAAAAUUGCAGGUGAAUAUAGCCAGUCCCAUCCAGUGCAGUAUGAACGGCAGGAAGUGCACUGUCAUCGUGGAGUCCAAAAUCCACCAAUCACAGCCAGACUUCACCAAGAGCCGCUCCGGCUACAUCCUCUCUGUGCCGGGGAACUAAAGUUGCAUUCGAGGCCCACAUAGUCAGCCAUAUGGACUAGUGACAUGGACAAGUGUCAAAUGAGGACUCUAUAAAUCGUAUCUUGUGUUUCUAGAGUUGUUUUGUGAGCUAGAUGGCCUUAUAGGAUACAUUGAUACAUGAUUGAUUUGAGAAUGAAAGCCAUGCCAUAUUUGUGCCUUUUUGAAUAGGGAGUAAUUGUGUGCAACUCUCUGUUUUUGAGUAGGAGACAUUUUGAAUACAUGCAAACCAUUUUGUUUGACUCUCAUACAUGCACAUCCAUAAUUUACCAAGGAGUCAAUCACCCUUUCGCUUUUUGAUAUAAGAGCUGUUUUGUUAGGCCAUUGCGAUCAUUAUGUGACACUGUUAUUUUUUUCAUCAUGGUUAGAAGAAAAUAGUUUGACAUUUAAUAUAUUGUAGGAAAUUUAUUGUAUAUUCUCAUGACUAGUUUUUCAUUAUUUUAUUAGAUGGAAACUUUUUUUUUUUUAAUCACACCCAGUCCUAUGUAUAAACCUUUUCCAUUCUGUUUGUAUUUAGCAAAAAAGAAUGGCUGAGUAUAGUUCUGUGUAUAUCAAUGACGGAAUGGUGUCAGAGGCACUCAUGAGAAAUGUGUAGUUCUUUAGUUACCUAAUCACAGGGUGUUGAGAGAGAUAUGUUGACCAUAUCCUGAAUCUGUACCACACGCUCCGAGAGGAGCGUUAAAAUCUCUUAAUUUAAAAACCUGAAUCUUAUUUCGGUGAACAUACUGUCUUGUCUGUACAUUUACAUUACUCCCGUGUAGUACUGUGUAGUACUCUACGCACUAAUGUUAUCUUGUCAAAUUAAUGUGGAUGUCAUCAGAAGAUUGACCUAAAGCCGCUUAAAGCCAAGUGAUCUAACGGUGUGUUCUAAUCUGUCUUGGAUGUGUGCCUUGUAAUAUUCCUGAUUCUAAAUGUUCAUGGUUUUGAGUGGACUUGCCCCUCGCUACUAUUUAACCAGAGAUGACGCUGCCAGGUGUUGCAUGUUUUCUGUAGAAGAGACUUACCUUUUCACAUGUCAAGUAAUCCGUGGUAGAGCCCUCCUGUCUGUCUGUGUAGGCCUGUCGACUUAGACUGAAAUGACAGUGAUGGGAUAUUCUGAAUGCCACCAUCUCCCAGAGUACUUGGCCUAUUUCCAUUCCUUCUAGUUCCAUUGCCAACCUACUGCUGUAGAUAGGUCAUUGUCAGUCUGCGUUCUAUCCAGAAAAAAAAAACUGCUACCAAGCUAUCGUAUGGGAAAAUCGAUGUUGUAAUUAAUUUGUGUUCUGUCAUAUUCACUGAAGGGAUCAUCCUUGUACGUUGCAGCUACGACCUCUGACCUUUUGCUGUUAUGAGAAGGCCAACUAUAUCUCCCCUGUAUGCUCCAAUCAUACAAUAUGUUUCCCAACUGGGCUUGUCCAUUUCUCUACUCAUUAGAAUGCUCUAUAUAUCUUGACACCUUCCAACGAAAUUGGUUUCUCCUGCAUCUCCAUGUGUCACUCUUGUAGGUAAGUAUACUUUUGUCUGAGAACCAAAGUCCAACUUGGCUGCCUCCUGUCCUGCUGCCAGUUGUCUUGGCACUCUACCUUGGUGGGUAGGCAGUGCAACCCUCCUGGGCAGAGAAGGAAUUCAUGCUGUCUUAAUCCCCUGCCCUUUUGGAGAAAGAGUGUCAAUUUCCACAGAGUUGCUCGCUUUCCUCACAAUGUAAAUAAGACUGUGGUUCUUCAGUUGAGGACCCUUGUCCCUUUGGUUCUGCUCCCCUGUCCCUUUGGUUCUGCUCCCCUGUCCCUUUGGUUCUGCUCCCCUGUCCCUUUGGUUCUGCUCCCCUGUCCCUUUGGUUCUGCUCCCCUGUCCCUUUGGUUCUGCUCCCCUGUCCCUUUGGUUUAUGUUGGCCUUGACUGAUCUUAUCCAAAGUUUUACCUGCAGUACUGUAAAUCCCCCAGAUUGUAGAAAUAUAUUAUAUAGUAUGUCCGGUUAUCACCCAAGUGCCUUAAGAAAGGGAUCCCAGUUUAUUACAUUUCAUUGUUUCUUUCUAUUACAAUUGUUAACUGUUAAUUGUUAACUGUUCCCUAUUCAACCUUUACAAUGUUAACAUAGCAAAAUGGGAACCUAAAAGAUUUCUGUAAAUUAACGACUGGCUAAUGUGGAAAACUUGUUAUAAUAUUGUUUUCAUCCCCGUUCAGGAUUUCUGUAAUGAGUACAUCUACUCUCAUUUCCUCCAAUACACCAAGCAUAUUCAUACA